AUGGAUCCAUGGUCACAACAAUCAGGACUUGAAACUGAAUUUGAACCUCAGCAGCAGCCUGAGACAAAUGAAAAACAACCUACGGAUGUGGGAACUGGAAACCAGCAGUCGCGGAGGAAGAAGCAAGUUAGAAGGAGAAGAAACAACAAUAGAGCAUCAGGAGAAGAGGCAGCUCCUCAUUUAGAUGAUGUCCAUGCAUUAGAUAAAGACACAGUGGUGACUGAGUUGCAUAGUGAUGCUGGCUCCUCAGAUGAAGAGAAUGAUGAUGACUGGAGGAAUAGGUAUGUUGACUUCAAUUCGGAGAGAGAUCUAAAAGACCCUAAUUUUGAGUUUCACAUAGGAAUGAAGUUUGAGUCAGCUGAACAGCUAAGAUUAGCUAUUAGAACAUAUUCCAUCAUGAAAGGAAAACCAUCAUGUAUGAAAAACAAGAAUAUUUCUGCUAAGUGGCUUGCAAACAAGUACAUGGAGAGGUUUAGAUGUAAUGUUGAAAUGCCUCCAAGAUUAUUAAGACAAAUAAUUGAUGAGGACUUCAAAGUUGAAAUUUCAAAAUGGGUGGCAUACAAUGCAAAGGCAAUUGCUAAAAAGGAGAUUCAAGAGAAUGCAGAGCAGCAAUAUAAGGACAUAUGGAGAUAUUGUACAGAAAUUAAGAGGACACACCCAAAUACCACAAUGAAAGUUAUGUUUAUUCCCUUCAGACAACCUGGAUGCAACCCAAAAUUCAUGAGACUUUAUUGCUGUUUGGGACCAUUAAAACAAGGCUUUCUUGACGGUUGUUGGCCCAUUAUUGGGGUUGAUGGAUGCCACAUAAAGGCUGAAUAUCGGGGACAGCUGUUGACUACUAUUGGAGUAGAUCCCAACAAUGGAUGGUGGUCCAUUGCUUGGGCAGUGGUUGAGAGGGAAGCAACUAAACAGUGGAAAUGGUUUUUUGAGCUGCUGAAGAAUGACUUGCAGAUUGAAAAUGGGUACAACUACACCUUUGUUUCUAACCAGCAAAAGGGUCUUGAUCGAGCAUUAUCUGAGGUACUACCAAACAGUGAGUACAGAUACUGUGUGCAGCACCUGUAUAACAACUUCAAGGAGAAACAUCGUGGACUUGCCCUGAAGACAAAACUGUGGAACAUUGCAGCAAGUACUACUGAGGGACUAUUCAAGAAAGCAGCAGCAGAUCUGAAAAAAUUUGACAAGGAAGCAUAUGAAUGGGUGAAGAAAGCACCACAUCCCAGUCAUUGGUCAAUUCACAGAAAUAAUGGCGACCCCUAUAAAGAGGUGUAUGACUGCUACAACAGAGAUCUGUUUCUAAAAAUUUAUCAAAAUGUUUUGUAUCCUAUCAAUGGACAAGUAAUGUGGCCUGAAGCUGAUGGGGUGGAUCUUGAUCCACCAGAAAGGAUAGUGCAACCUGGCAGACCUAAGAAGGUCAGGAGAAGAGAUCCUACUGAAACUCAAAAGACUGGAAAUAGGUUGCGGAGAAAGAUAGUCAUCCAUUGCAGAAAAUGUGGUGUUGCCGGCCAUAAUGCAGCUGGUUGCAAGCGAGGAGCAGGAGCAGAACCAACAGCAGCAGCGUGUUUCUAA